CACAAAACUGUUGGUAUUAUGUGAGAAUGUAAUAAAAGUGAUCAACAAUCUCGGACUUUGCAGAAACAAUGCAUUAUAUCAAUAAAAUGUUAAUUUUAAUGGGUAUGCAAUAAUAAUACGUGUUUUGAAAUGGUUUGACUAUAGUGCAGUGAUGGUGAAUCUUGUUUAUCUGUUACUGGGAGCUCAUACGAGCUGUUUCGUGUAAACUGAUGCUAUUUUGACGUAUUUUCUGAUUACAAUACAUCAUGCCCACUUUAAUCGGAGUUAAUGAAUUUGUAGAGGAAACUAGAGAUGACUACAAUUCUCCUAUUACUUCUACAUUCGUAUCCCGAAUGCAACAAUGUAGGAACACCAUUACCAAUUUGGAAGAGACUUUGGAUUAUGAUAGAGAUGGGUUGACCAAAAUGAAAAAGGCUAUAAAGGCCAUACACACGUCAGGGAACUGUCAUGUGGAUAACGAGUCCUACCUAGUGAAGGCAUUAGAAAAAAUUGGGCAGAAUGCUAUGACAAAGGAACACGAGGACACAAUAGGUAACGCUUUUAUAAAAUUCGCGGUGGUAACGCAAGAGUUGUCCGCUCUGAUGAAAACCCUGAUGCAAAAUUUAAACAACAUCGUCAUGUUCCCCCUAGACAGUUUAUUAAAAGGCGAUCUGAGGGGAGUUAAAGGGGAUCUCAAGAGGCCCUUUGAUAAAGCCUGGAAGGAUUACGAGAGCAAGUACGCCAAAAUCGAAAAGGAAAAAAAACAACAGGCGAAAGACGCCGGCCUGAUAAGGUCGGAAAUUACCGCUCCUGAAAUAGCGGACGAGAUGGAAAAGGAAAGGCGAUUAUUUCAGCUUCAAAUGUGUGAAUAUCUAAUAAAGUAUAAUGAAAUAAAAACAAAAAAGGGAAUAGACUUGCUACAAAGCUUAGUAGAAUAUUAUCACGCUCAAACGAAUUAUUUUCAAGAUGGACUCAAGACAAUAGAACACUUCGGUAACUAUGUAGCUGAUCUUAGUAUAAAAUUACAGAAAAUUCGCCAAGCUCAAGACGAAGAAAAAAGGAAACUGUGCGAUUUAAGGAAUCUAAUCAAAUCUACGCCUAGUAUUGAAAAAGAGGUGGGUCCUCAAAUAGAUAAAGGAGCAGCAGGGUAUUCGUUACAUCAACUACAGGGUGACAAACAUCAUGGUGUCACUAGGACCGGACAUUUACUGAAAAAAUCGGAGGGGAAAAUGAGAAGAGUAUGGCAGAAAAGGAAGUGUCGGGUACAAGCGGAAGGUUAUCUAGAUAUCUGUCAUGCCGAUGAAAGUAAACCGCCAACUAGAGUCAACCUGCUCACUUGUCAGAUCAAAAUGGUACCAGAUGACAAGAGAGGAUUCGAUUUAAUAUCAUAUAAUAGGACGUAUCAUUUUCAAGCCGAGGAUGAGGCAGACCAGCGGGCAUGGAUGUCAGUAUUAAUAAAUUGUAAAGAGAUGGCUCUGAUGAAGGCUUUCGACGAUAGUAGUAAAACGGGUGGUGAUAAAGUUAAUCAUAGUUUUAUGGAAUUACAGCAAGCUAUUAUAAAAUAUAUCCAGAAAAUCCCUGGUAACGAUAGGUGCUGUGACUGCAAUUCUCAAAAUGAUGCCACGUGGCUAUCAACGAAUUUUGGUAUUAUCGUUUGCAUCGAGUGCUCCGGGAUUCACAGGGACCUGGGGGUCCACAUUAGCAGAAUACAAUCCUUAACCUUAGAUAACGUCGGAACUAGUCAGUUGGUACUCGCACGCUUUAUGACGAACCAUAUCUUUAAUGAUAUUAUGGAAGCUCAAUUGUCACCUAAUGAAAAACUUGAACCGUCCAGUUCAAUGGAGGAAAGACUAAAUUUUAUUAGGGCUAAAUAUGUAGAUAAACGUUUUGCCGUUAAAACUUGUCAGUCCGAACGGGAAAAAAUGUACGAACUCGAAGAGGCCGUUAAUAGGGGCGAUUUGCAGUUACUGCUUCAAACGUUUGCCGAAAACGUUGAUUUCAGCGUCACAUUGCCUUCGUCAAAAAUCGGCGAAACUGCACUACACAGGGCUAUUUUGAACGAAUCCGGUCGUACAUUGCAUAUCGUAGAUUUCCUAAUCCAAAACAUGUCGAAUUCGGCUAUAGAUAAACCGACCAAUCCACCUUCAGUCGCUGAGAUCUGUGGAUCGAAUACAGCUCUUCACCUGUGCGCUCUGUACGAUAAGGUAGAAUGCAUGAAACUGCUGCUUAGAAGCGGCGCAGAUGCCAAUUUAAGGAAUUCGCAGAAUAAAACCCCAAUGGACAUAGCGCAGGAAAUGGGCAAUAAUAGUUGUCAGGAACUGUUGCAAAAUGCUGCAAACCGAUUGAAGAAUUUCUUUGAUAAUAUAAACAUUGAUUGGAACUUGUCCCACGACGAUGGGUCCACGGAUUUUUCAGACGACGAGACUAUUAUAGAAGAUCGGAAUUAUAAUACUUUGUUCAAAUUGCAGAACGGUUCAUCGACGCCCGAGAAGAAAAAUCGUUCGCGCCCUCCUAGUUACACAGCGAAUGUUCACGGUAGUCUCAAGAAGAGAAUAGCACCUCUUCCUCCGCCAACAAGCCCGAUGCAGUUACAGUACAGUACGUUACCUACAAGUCAUAGCCGAACACCAUCGGACCCUAUGGCCGCCGGAUAUCAUACCUUAAGUCAUACACACAAGCGUUCACCUAGCAGCGAUUCUAGUUCAGGGAGAUCUGUGAUACCCAUAGGGAACAAACUAGUCAUGGCAGAUUGCAAAAACUCGGAUAAGUUUGCGUCGGUUAGAAGGCCUCAAAAUCCUCCACCACCUGCUCCGAACCCUUCGUCUAGCCGUCUCUCUAACGGUCGUUCGACGGAAAGUAUUUCGUCGAUGGCAUCGGACGUUGAUGUCACUGGGAUAAUUCACAAUCCUAUUCCGCCACCCCGUAGAAAGCGGAAGUGUCGUUUGGAUAGUUUUACUGAAGAUAACGAUGUUUCUAGUCUGGCUUCUGAUUCACCGCCACAUAGAAUAUCUUCUAGUCCAAUAUCAACAAAUUCUCUCUGUUCGCCACGUUCGAUGUCCGGUAGGUUAUCGUAUACGUCGAACGGUAACACAACGCUGCGCAGAUGUAAGGCAUUGUACGAUUGCGCGGCAGACAACGACGACGAAUUAUCGUUCCAAGAGGGCGAGAUCAUCAUCGUCAUAAACGAACAUACCGACGAUGAUAACUGGAUGGAAGGGAUGGUGGAAAACGAGCCGGAACGGACCGGGAUGUUCCCUAUUAGUUUCGUACAUAUGUUGCCGGAUUAGUAACUACUCAAGAGGUACUUGUAUUCAUGUAAAAAAGUAUUAAACAUAUAUUUUUGAUGUAAAUGGUCUAAGAGCAGAAUGUAACACUGAAGGAUGUUAUUCGUACGACUUUUGUGAUUUUACUUUUUGAUGUACACCUUGAAUUUAUAAAUGUAUUCGUGUUAGGGAGGACAUAUUUUCUGAAUAUUUAUAAGAAAUCUCGACAAGGUAUUAUUAGGUGAAUGUUAAGAAAUUCGUCAACCUCGUGUUAUAGCUCGAUCUUUGAAUUUUCCUAACUAUCAUCAAGGCUUGCAAUAAUACUCUUCCUUAUCGGCAGUGUAGCGGAAUCCAUGUCGGCUGAUUUUCCUAUUAUACCUGUAUACCAACUCAGCUACUAACAGAAUUUGGCUUUUACAUUUGUUUUGAACAGUACUUGGAUUUUUUAUGUACAUAAUGGAACAAGGUUAAUUUAAUUUCAGACAAAUUUGAAACAAUCAGAAGUGGGGCGAAAUAACCAGGAACAAUUUUUUGUUUGUUGCGAUUCCCCAAAAAAAAUUAUUUGAUUUUUGCUCCCUUUUUUUUAUUCUAUUCCAAUGAAAUCUAGAAGGCUAUGUUUUUCUAAGCACAGUUUCUUUAACUUCGAGAGCCUGUUGAUGACAGUUAGUAUUUUGAAGACACAUUUAUAGAUGUCAACUAAAAAGCUGUUAAAUGUGCACUAAAUGAUAAAGAAUGUGUUAGCUUAAAAAAAAUUUCUAAACUUCAAAAAUGCCUUAGCCUUUAUGAGAAAAUGUUUACUACCAAAUGUGAACUACCAGGAUAGCAUGUUAAUAAAAUGGAUUAUUUGUCCUACAACUAAUAAUUUUAUUUGUAUAUAAUUUGUAAACUUUUUAGUUUGUGUAUAUUAUGAUUAUGAUGCACGCCAUAAUAAUUGUCAUAUAUUUAGUUAAACUACAUUGGUCUGCCAUACAUUAGAUAUUUAUUUUUAAUAUCUUGUAUUUAUUUUGAUAUUUGUGUAAAUAUUAUUUUUUUUUAACUACCGAGAGCCUGAAAGUAGAUUGAUUUGUUCCUGAGGUACCCUACUAAAUUAAAUCAUCGCUCGUCUGUUCACAAUAAUUAAUAACAGCAUGUUUGUGUAAAUAAAUAUUUUUCUAGUAGACAUUAAUUUAUAGGAACGCCUGUUGAAUGUUAUUAAACCAAAGAGAAAAGUCUAUUGCUUUUAUACAGAUAUACUAUUAUUAUAUAGGUAUAAAAUCGCCAGUGUAAAUAUUAAGAUAAUUAAGGUUCAUAUUGUUAAGUGUUAACUAUUUUUUCACUUCAUUUCCUUAUUUUUUCUUUAUUUAUAACUUGUCAGAUAUGCAUUUAAUAAACUUGGUUCGACCGAAGAUAUUUAAUGGUCAGAAGUGGGAUAUUUUCUAUAUUACAUCGGCAUAAAAUGUUCACAGGUAACGUUUUAUGUUUUUUCAAAAUCGGAAUUGAAUUUAUUAAGGGCAUACCUCGAUAAAUUACACAGCCACACAAAAAGAAAAAUUGGCUGUACUUUCCUUGCGACAUAUGUUAUCCGUAGUAUUUUUGCCUCC